AUGGGCACUGACUCGAUCGUCUACAUUCGCACCGAUGACCCUGACCUUCCCGUGUUCUACUUCGACCCUCUCAUCAGUCCUAUCUCGUUGCGCAGCUUCACACCGAAGAACGCGCCAUUUGUACUCCAUGAGGACGCGAUCUUCGGCCCGAAUGACGCUGAGGACGACGACUUCGAGCUCGCUGACGAGGUCGAGCCUUUCCCCGAGGACAAGCCGCUGGAGAGCGAUCUCACGGCGGAUGCUAUCGCGCUCUGGUGGGCGCCCGAUCCGUACAGCCGCCGCUCAGGGCGUAUGCGCCGAGCGCAGGAUAUCCCGCUCGUGAAGGACUGGUAUCUCGAGCACUGCCCUCCUAACCAGGCAGUCAAGGUUCGCGUAUUGUAUCAAAUUCUACUCAAGUGCUACGUCUUGAACGAACUCAAGACACGCCCGGAGAAGGCCAUGUCGAAGAAGAACCUGUUCAAACAGCUGAAGGCGACCAAGUUUUUCCAGACCACGCGGUUAGACUGGGUCGAGGCGGGUCUGCAGGUCUGCAGGCAGGGUUACAACAUGCUCAACCUGCUCAUCCACCGGAAGAACCUGAACUGCCUCCACCUCGACUACAACAUGAUCUUGAAGCCAGUGAAAUCGCUCACGACCAAGGAACGUAACGAGUCGCAAUUCGGAAGCGCCUUCCAUCUGCCUGUGGGAUCCUUCGCCUCACGAAGUUGA